CUGCCUCGCCUGUGGUAAACAGAGUGCCGCCGAGGCGGCGGGCUGCUCUCGUGGCUCCGCGCUCGGCUGGAGAGUCGCGAGGCCGCGGCGGGCGAGAGGGCCAGCGGGGGAGCCAGCCCGGCCGGGGAGGCCCGGCGGCGGCGGCGGCGCCGAGCUCCUCGGGGCCUUUCCCCGCUGGGCGCCCUUGCCCUGAGGCGGUGAUGUGGCGGCGCUGAGGGCCGACGGGAGCGGAGCGGCGGCCGCGGCGCCAUCAUGGCGGAACCGGCCGGGAGCCCCCCGGCGGCCGAGUCCUCCUCGUCGGUGGCCGCCUUGGACCCGGAGUUUCCUCCGCAGAGCCGGCCGCGCUCCUGCACCUGGCCGCUGCCCCGGCCCGAGCUGGUGGCCGUGGCCGAGCCGGAGCCUGGCGACGGGGCGGCGGCGGCGAGUCCUGAGGAGCCGGGCGGGGACGUCUCCGGUACCCCGGCGGCGGCUGGUCCUGGCGGCGGCGGCGGCGGCGGGGCCCGCAAAGGCGGCGGCGGCGGCGGGAGCUCGGGCUCCGGCGGGGCGCGGCGGAACGCCUGGGGCAGCCAGUCGUACGCCGACCUGAUCAGCCAGGCCAUCCAGAGCGCGCCCGACAAGCGGCUGACCCUGGCGCAGAUCUACGAGUGGAUGGUCCGUUCCGUGCCCUACUUCCGCGACAAGGGCGACAGCAACAGCUCCGCCGGGUGGAAGAACUCCAUCCGACACAAUCUCUCUCUGCAUAACAAGUUCAUUAAAGUCCACAAUGAAGCUACCGGGAAGAGCUCCUGGUGGAUGCUCAAUCCAGAAGGUGGCAAAAGUGGGAAAGCUCCACGGAGACGAGCGGCCUCCAUGGACAAUAGCAGCAAGCUGGCCAAACUCCGUGGGAAAACAUCCAGGAAGAAGCCCGCCAUGACGGUGACUCCAGAACCAACAGCCGACAGCCCGGUCUCCCAGUUUCCCAAAUGGCCCAGUAGCCCUUCUUCCAGAAGCAACGAGGACUCUGACGUGUGGACCAGUAUCCGGCCCCGAACCAGUUCUAACGCCAGCAGUGUGGGGCUUUCUUCCGUUCUGACAGAGCAGGAUGACCUUGCUGAUGAGGAACUCCUACCCACCCUUGUUUACUCCAGCGCAUCCAGCAAUGUGCCCCCCACAGUGACGGAGGAGUUGGAACUCAUUGACGGCCUCAAUCUAAUGUCAGCCAGUUCGUCCUUGCUGUCAACUCAGCAGCCAGUUUCGAGCGGCACAACCCAGAGGAAUCACAGCUUCCCCUUGCGAGCCCCAAGCUCAGCUGCUCAGGCUGCCUCCUUUGGCAGCUCCCUCUUCAACCCCAUGGAUCACUUGCUGCCCAGCUCUGCCAGCCAUUUCUCGCAGUCGCUGGAAGAGCUGCUCACAUCCAGCUCACCGCCCGCCAGCGAUGUGAUGAUGACGCAGAUGGAUCCAGUUCUCCCACAGAGUGGAAGCCAGAUGAACAACCAGAGUUACCUUCUUCUGGGGGACCAGCCAUCCAAGCCCAAGAUGAGCCUGGGAAGUCUUCUCAGAAAGCCUUUGGAGCAGCAGCUGGAGUCUGUCGGUGCCACUGCUUUGCCAUCCGCCUUUCCCAUGGUGGCAUCGUCUCAGAACCCUGUUGGCCUGUCCACUUUGAAGGCACCAGGCUCAGCACAGUCCGCCCAGGUGAUCCAGCUGGGCACCCAGCCCUCCCUGUCCGCUGCUUUCCCAGCCUUUGAUGGGAAUCCGGAUAAGCUGCCCAAUGACUUGGAUGAAGAUAUGUACAUGGAGGACCUUCAGUGUGAUGUGGAUUACAUAAUCAGCACCGACCUCAUGGAUGGGGAAGGACUGGACUUCAACUUUGAAUCCAUUCCGUCUACUCCCAGCUACCCGAGCACAUCACAGGCUUCCAGUCAUAAUUGGGUCCCCAGCUAAUUUCAGAUGGACAAAGUGCCCUUCUGCUUCUGGAGCUUGUGCACACCCAGAAGAGUCUGGAAUGCCAGGAGCUUUGGUGCCCAUCUUUGCCUUGCACGUGAGCUGGAAGCAAGAGGCAAGCUGCAAUGGGAAGAGAGGGAUCCCGUUAAGUGCCACAUCUUUCCACGAAUCCAGUGCAAGCCCUCCUCCCGACAGGAGCCUUGGAAAAGCCUUGGAAAGCGCUUCCCCAUGGCCAGACUCCCCUGCCCUGAAGAAGCAUUUUUCAAACGGAUGCUCUUCAGGCCUAGCCGUGAUAGGUCUGUGCUGCCUGAACCCACCGGUCGAUUUCUGCCUCGUCCGUCAUUUGACUUGGUACACUACGCUUUGAUCGGUGGGAAGAUGGCUGGCCAGUCUUGGGGCUGCUUGAGUGGAGGCGCCUGUCUUUUGUGCACUUGUCCUGUUCCUGAGAAGAGCAGGUGGGGAGGAAGCAAGCUGCCCCACAUAGCGAGAUUGCUGAGCUUGUCCUUGACAGUGCUGGCCAAGAGGCCCUCCUGGAAAUCAAGGCCUAGCCUGGCCUUUUGAAGGCCCCACCUGGACAUGGUCAUGGAAAGCACUUUCCUGAAGGUGUGACUGCCCUCAAGCAGGCAAGCAGGUGCUAAAAGCUGUUGCUGAGAAACCAAAACGCCUUCUCUGGGUUUGUUUUUGUGCUGCAGUAGAGAAAUAGGAAACCCGGAUCUGGCCUUAACCAGAGCCCUGAUCAGUGUCGAAUUUUUUCUUCUUUUUCUAACCUGGAAGGGCAUUUUAUACAGAUGAACUAUUUUGGUGGCGUUUUCUAUCUUUCCCUCUUUUGCUAUGGACAGGAAAAAGGCUUUUUGUGGUAGCCUUCAGCCCAUUUUACAUGUCUCCAUGUUGAGUGCCUUUUCUCCCCUCACCUGGCAUGUCAGCAGCUGCGCUAUUCCAAGUCCAAAUAUCCAGAACAAGAGGGCAGCUUCUUGGGUGCUUUAUGGCUGGGCCGGGAGGAGGGAAAGGGGCACCCAGCUAGCCUUGUUCUUUGGAAGUGGGGUAGGUGAGGGGGCUGUAGAUAAAUACCUGUAAAGUUAGCAGCAGAUUAACUAGAAGCUUUUGUUAAACAAAAAAAAAGGGGGGGGGGAGAAAAUCCUGUCUAUAUUUUAACAGAAAAUCCUAUGAAAUGAUUGGCUAAAAGUAAAGGACCUUUUCUUA